AUGCGCCGAUGCAACAGCACUACAGGCCUUGGCUCGGCGUCCUUGGCAAGCUACGCCUCGUUUUCUCGUUGCUUUUCGAGUGUGGCAAAUAACGAACGCACGGAUUCCAAUAUAAAUGCACCAUGCAAUCCUGUGGGCGUUCAACUGCUGGAACGUUCGCUCCAUCGCCAGCUGUUUCCUCCUAGUCGCACUGACUGUCUACCAACCGACCCUGUGUCUUUGGAUGUGUGCAGAGAACACUUACACAGGCAUGGAUUAGAGCCCUCAAAGGCGACUCGACCUUCCCCCACUACGUUCCAGCUCCCGCCUUUGCAAGGCGGUGACUUGGGCGAGCAUUUCUGGACUAUUGGCCGACGCGCCGCGCAGCCGUGGCUCGAUUAUGCCGAGCGCUUCUCUCAGCUACAAAUACCACCACCACCUGCUGAGCAGAGAGAAGAGAACUCGUUCGACUGGUCGUCGGAAAGUUGGUUGGCGCUCGACGAGUCACUUCGGAAUGAUGUGCCUCUUCGGUCCAGUGUCUUUUCCAGCCAGUCAGGCUGGAGUAAGUAUUCCUUUUUGAGAUCAAAGGAAGGCGCUAUUGUGGGGCUGGCUGAUCCCAUCUCGGUACCGUACCCUGACGUGGAGGAUUCCACGCUUGUGUUUGACGUGGAAGUCAUGGUGAAAGAGAGCCCGUAUCCUGUCAUGGCUGCUGCUGUGGGAGAGCACGCGUGGUACACUUGGAUUAGCCCAUGGCUAGCUCAAGAUGGCCCGAGACAUACAUCAAAGCAGCAUCUCAUUCCCCUGGGCCCUCGCGAUGGUACCGCGCCGCCUCGGCUCGUCAUCUGUCACAAUGCCGGCUUUGACCGAGCAGCUGUGUUAGAUGAAUACACGCUGCACCAGACAUCGAUCCGCUGGCUGGAUACGAUGAGUCUGCACGUCGCCACGAGUGGCAUAUCGUCUCCUCAGCGUGCUGCAUGGGCGGAACAUGCUCGGAGGCGAACUACGCGACGUCUCAACAAGCUUCUUGUGGCUCAGAGAAUGGAGGAUGAUACCCGCGGCCAGAUCCGCCAGCUGCUUCACAAAGGUGAAUUUGACGAGGAUGCGUUGGCUGCCAUUACCAUGAAUGAGCUGGGAGGCUUGCCUGAGGAACUGAGAGAGUGUCUACAUGAGAAUGUGGCUUUACUUGACACGUCUAUCGGUGAAACGAGCCCUAUGUUGGGAAACGACGAUGAUCAUAGCCAGGUCCUGUGGCAAGACGUGACGUCGAAAAACUCUCUUGCCGAUGUCGCGGCGCUGCACUGUGACAUCCACCUUGAGAAGCACCAGCGUGAUGUGUUUGUUGACGGUACUAGCCGUGAGAAGAUUUGGGAGCAACUUCCAUCCUUAUUGGCCUACUGUGCAACCGAUGUGGCUACUACAUCUGCUGUGUUUUCCAAGGUCUGGCCCGCCUUCACGCGUAGCUGCCCACACCCAGUGACCCUUGCCGGUGUAUUGGAACUGGGAAGCACAUUCUUACCAGUGGACGCAAGUUGGAUGGCCUACUUGGAACGAGCGAGUGCCAAGUUUGAUGAGAUGAAUGCGCAGGUUGUUUCGACUUUAAAAGACAUGGUGCACCGGUUGAUGCAGAGUGGCAUUGAGGCCAUCGACCAGGACGCACCGACCGACCGCUGGUGGGAGACAGAUCCAUGGUACAGCCAGCUCGACUGGACGCCAAAAAAGCCUAAGGCUUGGGAACCGUCGCGUUAUGUGCCCGCGUGGUGGCGCGACCGCAUCGCGCAUGGCAAGACGCUACUCACUACACGUAAUCGCCUUGUAGCACAGCUGCUGCAGCUGCGCUGCAAUGGCGAACCAGUGCUCCUCGGCGAGGGAAACAGAUGGUAUUGGCAGGACACGCAGACGCCGCUUCCAAGCUCGCCGCUAAGCCAGGCUAUGUUGAAAAAGCACACGGUCACCAGCGCGGCUGGACCCCUUGGUGAGCAGAUUCUCGCUGCGAUCCAACAGGGCGGUGACCGCCAGGAGAUUGACGCGCAACUGCGGGAACUUGCCAGGCAAGUGCGCGACGAGGGGCCGGGCGAGGAGCCAAGUCUGCAGCAGCUCGACUGGACGGAUGUGCCGUAUCUGGACCCCACGGAACGUGCGCCCUGGUGGCCCAAAUGGUACUGGGACCUGUAUGAUGCUUCGCGAAAGGAUGUGGAGAUCACGAUCCGUGCGAAAAUUGCGCCUCUGCUACUGAAAAUUGCAUGGGAUGGUGCACCUGUAUAUCGAAGUCGGCAGCAUGGCUGGGUCUUUCGCGCGGCAGCGCCCUUGCCCAACAAAGUGGCUCUAGAGUUUGAGCACGAGGCCGACACGCACCUGCGCGCCGGCAUCUUCUACAAACUACCGCAUGCGAAUGGUGACGCGAGUAACGUGGGCCAUCCGUUUAGCAAGCACUUUUUGCCAUACUUUGAGAAUGGGCGCCUGCAUAGCCUACAUCCCAGUGAGCAGGCGGCCUCGGCGGCGAAAGGUGCCCUGGACAUGAAUGCUCAGUGCAGCUACUGGAUCAGUGCUCGCGACCGAAUUGAGCGGCAGUUUGUCGUGUGGGACAAGAGCGGCGGAGUAGAUAUGGGCUACGCCGACGCAGUGCCACGCGGCAUGAUAUUGCCACAGGUCAUUUCCAUGGGCACGGUGACGCGACGGGCCAUUGAGCGGACGUGGCUGACCGCGUCGAAUGCCAAGAAGAACCGGAUUGGCAGUGAGCUCAAGUCGAUGGUCAAGGCGCCGCCUGGGUGGGCUAUCGUCGGCGCGGAUGUCGACAGUGAAGAGUUGUGGAUAUGCAGCGUGAUGGGCGACGCCCAGUUUGGUAUCCAUGGUGCGACGGCGAUUGGGUGGAUGACACUCGAGGGCUCCAAGUCGCAGGGCACAGACCUGCACAGCAAGACGGCGUCGAUCCUUGGUACAGGCCGUAACCAAGCCAAAGUGUUCAACUACAGUCGCAUCUACGGUGCGGGCAUCCGGCAUGCAAUGCAGUUACUCCUCAAGGCGAAUCCCAGUAUGCCCAUGGACGAGGCGGCACGACGCGCCAAGCAGCUGUAUGCGGCUACUAAAGGGCAGUCUACUCGGGGUACGGGCCUCUUUGGGCGUAAGUUUUGGUUCGGCGGCACUGAGAGUUUCGUGUUCAACAAGCUCGAAGAGAUUGCCACAAGUGAUCAUCCCAAGACACCCGCGCUCGAUUGUGGGAUCACAGCUGCGCUGUCGAAGCAGUACCUGCCCAAAGACAGCGGCGCCGAGCGCCAGGACUUUAUGCCGAGCCGCAUCAACUGGGUCGUUCAGUCUAGCGGUGUCGAUUACUUGCAUCUGUUAAUCGCCGCAAUGCAGCAUUUAUGCACGACGUACGAUAUUGACGCACGCUUCAUGCUGAGCGUCCACGACGAAGUGCGGUACCUUGCGCGCGAGUCAGACAAAGACCGCACGGCAUUGGCCCUGCAAAUUGCCAACCUGUGGACGCGUGCCAUGUUCGCCUUCAAGCUCAAUAUGGACGACUUGCCGGAAUCGUGCGCAUUCUUUGCCGCGGUUGAUAUCGACCAUGUGCUGCGCAAGGAGGUCGACGACCCAUGUGUAACGCCGUCGCAACCCGAGCCUAUCCCCGCGGGCGAGUCUUUCGACAUUCAUGCGAUUCUUGCUCGCACGCAAGGCUCGCUCUUCCGCGACGCGCGGCCCAUGCCGCGCCUCGACGAACUAGACGACACAGCGCGCGUGCCUGGCACCACGCCCCAGCCCGACCCACUUCAUCCACCGUAUGUGCCGUCUACUGCAAUGCACAGGUGCACCGGUGAGGCAGGCUUGCUCUUCCUGCAGGCGCAAGCAUCUACCGAGAUCGACGAGAUUCGCACGCUUGAUCGCCGCCGCCGCCGCCUACUGCGACCGGCUCCGCCACCACGUGCGCCGCGACGUGCGUAUAGCACAUCGGCUGCGACGCGGCCCGAGCGCCCGAUGGCCGUCCUCUUGGCGCUCGAGGCACUUCUGCCUGGGCGCCCAGUGCAUGCAGCCGGUCGGAUACCGAAGCCCAUAUGCCGCGCACCGAUGCGCCGUCCCAAAGGGCCGAGCGGACCGGCACGCCCAUCGUUCCCCUCUGGUGCACUGCUUCCCCCCACGCUGUACAACAAGCCAAUGCUGCGCUACAAACCGACGCAGCCUAUCCACAUGACUAUGAUGAUCCAGUGGCGACGGCGUGCGCGCCUAAAGCGCCUGCAGCGCUGGGACGAGAUCCAGGAGAUAAAGCGCCUCAUUGAUGCCGAAGCAAAUGGGCUGGUGCCGAGCGGCGGCCUUGAGCGCGUAGGCGAAUGGCAUGCGGCCUACAAGGCUCAUGAACGUGAGCUGCAGGCGCAGUUUGCGCGUGAGCGCGAGCGGGCCAGCAUGUCAUUCACCGCAGCACAGCUCGCGCGCGCCAAGGCGGCGCGCCGCGCCAAGCACGCUUUCCAUGUGCGCCGCCGCCAGGAGCGGGCGGCCGCACGCGAUACCCCCUCUAAGACUCGUUAG